CCAUAGUAGGAUUUGUAAAUUGUUCUCUCACAUGAUCCGAGUUGGCCGGAGUCUGGGAGACCGUCGAGCGGACAGAACGGAGGAGAUGGCCGAACGACGCUGGACCACGAGUCUGCUGGCUCUGAUUGGCAUCCUAGCGACGCUGACGAGCUGCGAUACCGUUCCGUGGCAGGAGGAAAAGCUGAAACAUGAAGCAACCACACUGAGCUCCAGUGAACUGAGCAGUGUCGUAUCUCGUACCGAUCUGGACCGGAUGUGGCAGAAAGACCUGAAGCCCAUGCUUGUUGUGCGCUAUCCUGGUUCAACUGGAAGCCAAAAUGUUCAGCAGCAUAUUAAAUCGACCCUCGGCUUGAUGACCGCGGGAUGGGAAGUGACAGAGGAUGCCUUCUAUGCUCAUACGCCUUAUGGCCAACUUCCAUUUACCAACAUAAUUGCAACUCUCAACCCUGCUGCAAAGCGUCAGCUGGUUCUGGGCUGCCACUUUGACUCCAAAUACUACCCUCCACAGUGGGACGGCCGCGAAUUUCUCGGGGCAACAGAUUCUGCUGUUCCCUGCUCUAUGAUUCUGGAACUGGCUAGAGCCCAAGAUGACGAACUAAAGACCCUGAAGGACUCUGGGUCAGAUCUGUCACUUCAGCUAUUCUUCUUUGAUGGAGAGGAGGCUCUUUACCAGUGGACCUCUGAAGACUCUCUCUACGGCUCCCGUCAUUUAGCCCAUAAAAUGGCAACAACAGCACAUCCACCGGAAGCCACCAACACCAGCCAGCUCGAUGGCAUUGAUUUGUUUGUUCUCCUGGAUUUGAUUGGAGGUCCUAAUCCUCGCUUCGGUAACCAGUUCUCCAGUACGACCCGAUGGCUUUCCAGACUACAAAAUAUUGAGCGUCGGCUGCAUGCACUCGGUCACCUAGAGAAUCACCCUAAUGAGGUUCAGUACUUCUGGCCUGGCUUGCACGUGGGUCUAAUUCUGGAUGACCACAUACCAUUUCUCAACCGAGGGGUUCGGAUUCUCCAUCUCAUUUCCACUCCUUUUCCUGCGGUGUGGCACACCUUCGACGACAACGAGGAGAACCUGGAUCGAACCUCCAUCAGCAAUAUCAACAAGAUCCUGCAGAUCUUUGUUCUUGAAUACCUCAACAAGAAAAGUCAGAACCCUAUCGCUGAAGCCUCGUAAUGUUCCCAAAAUAUACCAUCAUUCAAAACUUUUUUCACACAAUCAAUUUUUCUCACACAUUCACUGUUCAUCUGUAAAGAUUCUGUGAGAUUAUUCCAACUGGAGCGGCAUGCUGUAUGUCUGGACUGAUAAAGUAUCAAAAGACAUUUAAGGGAUCCCGGAUCUGACUCGGUAUACAGGGUUCGCUGUGUCGGCAACAGUGUUUUCUUUAUAUCCUCUGGCUUUCGAAGGCCCGUUUUAUUUUGUAAUCACUUACAAAAUAAAUGUUGGUACUCAAUAUAUCUUAUUUUUUUGCCUGUUAUAUAAAUAAUAGAUUUUAUAGUAGCCUUAUACUUUGUAGCCUUUUUGACUUUAAAUGUAAACUGUUUUAUGGAUCAACAAACAUACUGUGUGAAGAAUCAUACCAUUUUGUGACGCCUAUGUGAUUCUGCAAGCUGCUGCUAUUGUCACGUGUUCCUCACGGCCCGGUGUGAUCUGAAAGCUUUUAAUGUAACUUUAAACAUGUAUCCUUUUCAAACAGCUGUUUAUAAUGUGAAACAGCUAAUAAACAGUUUACAAAGCAGUGGUAAAACCAA